GCAGGUGUGUUUCGAAAUGUAAAAGAGAAAACGGUGGAGGACGGCGAGGAGGAGAAUGGGGUGGAGAAGAGUAGUAGUGAGAACAAUGGAGGUGCAUGGCAGUCAGAAGAUGAUGUUGUAGAAGUUGAUGAAGAUGGAGAGGUUGGCAAUGGCAAAAAGAGGAAAAAGUAUCACAGGCAUACAGCUGACCAAAUUAGAGUUAUGGAAGGGUUAUUCAAGGAUUCGCCUCAUCCAGAUGAAAAGCAAAGGGAACAACUAAGCAAGCAAUUAGGACUUGCUCCAAGACAAGUCAAGUUCUGGUUUCAAAACAGACGCACUCAAAUCAAGGCACUGCAAGAGAGGCAUGAAAAUUCGCUACUGAAGACAGAAAUGGAGAAACUACAAGAGGAAAACAAGUCCUUGAGGGAGAUGAUAAAGAAAGCUUGUUGUCCUAACUGUGGCUUGGCAAUCUCUAGUAAAGACACGGUAAUGACCUCUGAAGAACAACAACUUCGUAUCGAGAAUGCUCGGCUUAAAGCAGAGGUUAAAGAACUGACAGAAGUAAAGAACGGAACUCCGAGACAUAGCUUAUCGAUGAUGGCAAGUGCUGAUGAAAUAGUGAACCCGAUUUCAAUGGAUUGCCAUAGUGGUUUCUUUGGACUAGAGAAAUCGAUGAUGUUGGAGACCCUUGAACAUGCACUUGAAGAACUCAUUAAGAUGGCCACAUUACAGGAGCCAAUGUGGAUCAGAAGCUUUGAAACAGGCAGGGAAAUAUUGAAUUAUGACGAGUACAUUCAAGAAUUUUCACCAAAAAUUUCCAGUAAUGGGAAUGUAAGGAAGCGUAUUGAGGCCUCUAGGGAAUCAGGCAUUGUCUUUUUGGACAUCUCAAGUUUGCUCAAAGCUUUCAUGGAUGCGAAAAAAUGGAAGGAGAUGUUUCCAUUCAUGAUCUCCAAAGCAGCUACAAUGUACGUUAUAUUUAACGGAGAAAAUGGCAAUAUUAACGGUUCCGCACAAUUGAUGUUUACAGAGCUUCAAAUGGUCACACCAAUGGUACCAACGAGAGAAAUCUAUUUUGUUCGGUAUUGCAAGAAAUUGAGCAACAAUAGAUGGGCCAUUCUUGAUGUGUCCAUUGAUGAAAUUGAAGAUAAUAUAGAUGUUUCAUUAAUGAAAUGUAGGAAAAGGCCCUCAGGCUGCAUCAUAGAGGAAAAACCUAAUGGUCAUUGCAUGGUGACAUGGGUGGAGCACAUGGAAUGUCAAAAGGGCCCAAUUCCAUCAAUUUAUCGAUCGAUAAUCAGCACAGGACUUGCAUUUGGAGCUCAUCAUUGGAUGGCAACACUUCAACUCCAAUGUGAGAGGAUUGUUUUCUUCAUGGCAACCAAUGUCCCAACAAAGGAUUCUAAUGGAGUGUCCAAUAUUGCCGGAAGAAGGAGCAUUCUAAAGCUAGCUCAACGGAUGACUUCAAGUUUUUGUGAGGCCAUUGGCUCAUCUAAAUGCCGAUCAUGGACUAAAGCAUCAACUAAAAAUCAUGAAGAAAUCUUCUAUACAUCUAGAAAGAACAACAACGAGCCUGGUGAGCCUCUUGGGUUAAUCCUUUGUUCAGUUUCAUCAACAUGGUUGCCUAUUUCUCCAACAACUCUAUAUAAUUUCCUACGGGAAGACUCAAGAAGAGAUGACUGGGAUGUCAUGCUAUUUGGAGGUCCGACAAAAACCAUAGCCAACAUAGCAAAAGGACAAGACCAUGGAAACAUGGUCACUAUACAUGCAAGGAGUGAAGAGAAUAAUAGUAAUCCGUGGGUUGUCCAGGACAGUUGCAAGAACUCCUUUGAGUUUAUGAUAGUCUACAGUCCUGUGGACGUUGCAUGCAUGCAUGCGGUAAUGAACGGUUGUGAUUCAAACAACAUUGCCAUCUUGCCAUGUGGCUUUUCCAUAAUCCCUGAUAAUAUGGGAACAAGGCCUCUUGUUAUCACUUCUAAGCCAGAGGAGAAAGCCAUAGAAGAGGGAUCAUUGCUCACAAUAGCCUUCCAAAUGGUUGCUAGUUCUUCUCCCUCAAUGGAGAUGUCAAUGGGUUCUCUUGAAACUAUAAAUAACCUUGUGUCAUGCACUUUGGGUAACAUUAAGGAAGCCAUGAAUUAUGUGGAUGAGUAAUGGAUGAUUAUUUAUGUGUAUGUUUAAUUAUUUGACUAAUUAUCUGUUUAUUUUUAGAUUAAUUGGGAUAUAUAUGGUAGACUAGCAAUUACCAUAGUUUUCUCAAUUUUUUUGUAAAGUUUGCAAUGCAUUCAAAUUAUUAACAAGGAAUGUCUUACAUUUGUAAUUCACA